GUUUCAACGACAUAGACUAUCGUAUCGGAAUUUUUAUCUACCAACCUCAACUUACACACAUUCACCAAAAAAACCUUAACCUACUUACACAGUCAUUCAACUACUUAAAAAGUAUUUGCUUGGCUUUUGAUCUUAUACCGAGACUUUCAGACCUUCAAAGGGCUAAAAUUUUGCUUAAACAUGGCUGAUAAUCAGAGAGUCCAAGUUCCAAAGGUUAAACUGGGCAGUCAAGGACUUGAGGUGUCAAAGCUUGGAUUUGGAUGUAUGGGUCUGAGUGGAGUCUACAACUCUCCUGUGGCUGAGGAGGAUGGGAUUUUGAUAAUAAAAGAGGCCUUCAAUAAAGGAAUCACUUUUUUUGACACGGCCGACGUAUAUGGAGCUCAUUCUAAUGAAAUUCUUGUUGGAAAGGCGUUGAAGCAGUUGCCUCGGGAAAAAGUUCAAUUGGCCACAAAGUUUGGAAUAGCAGGAAUCAAUGCUGAUGGCAUGAUAGUGAGGGGAACUCCUGAGUAUGCUCGUUCGUGCUGUGAGGCCAGCUUGACGCGUCUUGGUGUGGACUACAUUGAUCUAUAUUAUCAGCACCGUAUUGACACUUCAGUCCCUAUAGAGGAAACUAUUAGUGAGCUCAAGAAGCUUGUGGAAGAGGGAAAGAUAAAGUAUAUUGGGCUAUCCGAAGCUAGCGUGGACACAAUAAGGAGGGCACAUGCAGUUCAUCCUAUUACAGCACUGCAAAUUGAGUGGUCCCUUUGGACUCGUGAUGUUGAGGAAGAGAUAAUUCCAGUUUGCAGGGAGCUUGGCAUUGGAAUAGUUCCCUAUAGUCCUCUUGGUCGUGGGUUUUUCGCUGGGAAAGCAGUUGUUGAAAGUCUGCCUGCAGAUAGUUUCUUGGUCUCCCAUCCUCGGUUCCUAGGAGAGAACUUGAACAAGAACAAGAUCAUUUAUGAUCGAAUAGAAACUCUUGCCAGAAAGCACCACUGCUCUCCUGCUCAGCUAGCGUUGGCUUGGGUUCUUGAACAAGGGGAUGAUGUGGUACCAAUCCCUGGGACAACUAAAAUUAAGAACCUAGAUGACAACAUUGGCUCAGUGAGGGUGAAACUUACUGCAGAAGACCUGAAAGAGAUAUCCGAUGCUGUACCAAUUGAAGAAGUGGCAGGUAGUAGAACUUAUGGUAACAUGGUGAAAUCGUCAUGGAACUUUGCCAACACUCCUCCAAAAGAGUCCAAGGUCUGAGCUUAAGACAUGUCCUAGUCUCCAUUUCACUUGGUUGAUACAGUAUGUUGUAAAACUAGGGAAUGCCAUCGUGUCUGCUGCUGGGUAUUUGCUGAAUGUCAUCGUAUUUGCUGCUGAGUAGUUGCUAGAUUACUUGCAGCAUUUGAUGAACAACAUAAAAAUAAAAAUUUCUAUGGAAUUUUGUGAUAAACUGACCGUUCGAUGUACUUUGUUAAGUGCUUUGGAAGUUAAAUAUCCUUAUAUCUUUCA